CUGGUUCCCUCGGACGGUCCAGCCCUUGGGAAAUCUCUUCUACCCGCGAGGCCCCAGUCGUCCCUACUAUGCUCUCCAGCCCUCCUGGGAGGACUCUACUACAGCUCUGGAUACUCCAGAGAUCCACGAGCUGCCUGAGAAGAACUGCGAUCGACUUUUCGGACCAGGAUGAGUCACUUCCGGUCGCAGACUCCCUCCUCCGGAAGAAGCAAUUCUGGACCAUGACUCAACAGCCACUCCGAGGUGUGACCAGUCUACGUUUCAACCAAGACCAAAGUUGCUUUUGCUGUGCCAUGGAGACAGGUGUACGCAUCUAUAAUGUGGAGCCACUGAUGGAAAAGGGACAUCUGGACCAUGAGCAGGUGGGCAGCAUGGGCCUGGUAGAGAUGCUGCACCGCUCCAACCUGCUGGCCCUGGUGGGUGGUGGUAGCAGCCCCAAGUUCUCAGAGAUCUCAGCAGUGCUGAUCUGGGAUGAUGCCCGAGACGGCAAGGACUCCAAGGACAAACUGGUACUGGAAUUCACCUUCACCAAGCCAGUGUUGGCUGUGCGCAUGCGCCAUGACAAGAUCGUGAUCGUGCUGAAGAACCGCAUCUAUGUGUACUCCUUCCCUGACAGUCCUCGAAAGCUGUUUGAGUUUGACACUCGGGACAACCCCAAGGGGCUGUGUGACCUCUGCCCCAGUCUGGAGAAGCAACUGCUUGUGUUCCCUGGACACAAGUGUGGAAGUCUGCAACUUGUGGACCUGGCAAGUACAAAACCUGGCACUUCAUCUGCUCCAUUCACCAUCAAUGCACAUCAGAGUGAUGUGGCCUGUGUGUCCCUGAACCAGACAGGCACUGUAGUGGCCUCAGCCUCCCAGAAGGGGACCCUUAUUCGUCUUUUUGACACUCAGUCCAAGGAAAAACUGGUGGAGCUGCGCAGAGGCACUGAUCCUGCCACCCUAUACUGCAUUAAUUUCAGCCACGACUCCUCCUUCCUCUGUGCUUCCAGUGAUAAGGGCACUGUCCACAUCUUUGCUCUCAAGGAUACCCGUCUCAACCGCCGCUCUGCGCUGGCUCGAGUAGGCAAGGUGGGACCUAUGAUUGGGCAGUAUGUGGACUCUCAGUGGAGCCUGGCUAGCUUUACUGUGCCUGCUGAAUCGGCAUGCAUCUGCGCCUUUGGACGCAAUACUUCCAAGAAUGUCAAUUCUGUAAUUGCCAUCUGCGUUGAUGGGACCUUCCAUAAAUAUGUCUUCACUCCUGAUGGAAACUGCAACAGAGAGGCAUUCGAUGUAUACCUUGACAUCUGUGACGACGAUGACUUUUAAGGACCCUAGCAGCCGUGCUAGAAACCUGCAGUAGCAGAUUGCCAAGCUGAGCCUUCGGGGUGGUGAACUAGCUAGCAAUCAUUAAUGAAGCCUCCCACUCUUCCUUCAAGCAGAGCUGUAUCUAAAUAAACAGCUCACUUCCCCCAAGGACUUUUUUGCGCCCAAGGCAAGGGACAUUCCCAGGGCCGCCUAUUCUGGAGAAGAUUCUCAAGGACCCAAAGGGAAUGUCUUAAUCCAACCUGGGGAUUUUAAAAAGUUUACCAGGUCUCUGAUACGAUAUAAAUUAAUAAAAAGGCUUUAAAUGGCA